AUGUUAAGAAGAGGCAGAAAAAUGCGCCAACCAAUGGCGCUAUUUACUCUAUUCGUAUUAGCUAUAUGCUGGUACAGUUACAUACCCGCGAUAGUGACAGCAAUUGAUAGUAGUCUUAGAAGUGACCAAGCAUCACAAAAACAGAGCAGAAAUUUCGUGCAAGAUGAUCGAUUAUCAGGUGGCGUGAGUAAACUGUACGACUACCAUCGAGAGCUGUUUACCGGAGGACAGCGACGAAAACGGAAUGCGUUCAGUACACUGUACGAUACUGGCAAUACCCUCAGCGCGAAUGAUUAUACGGGCGGCGUUAGUGGCACCGUUAACAGCAACAUUGGCAUUAGCAAUAGUGGCUCAUCUAGAGAGUCGUAUGUGGUGCCAGAAUUGCGUGACAAUCGCAAACCGAGCUUCCUAGAGUGUGACAGUUACAAACCGAUGUUGAAAGAGGAACAGUCGGUGGGUACACCGGUGCUGCGAGUAACCGCCACUGAUCCUGACCCCCGACAAACGAUCGAGUACAGCUUCGUAACAACGCCGGGAGAACGCGCCCGCUUCCGCAUUGAUAAGAGCACUGGAGAGAUCACAACGGCUCACAUCUUCGAUCGGGAUGAGCCUAUUCGUGAGAAGGAGAUCUACAUUACGGUUCGUGCGACCGAUAACGGGCGACCUCGGCUGGACGAUGUAUGCACUUUCAAAGUGACGAUCCUUGACAUCAACGACAAUCCGCCUGUAUUCGAUAAGGUGCGCUAUGAAGAGUCUGUGACGAAAGACAUGAAAGCAAACCAACGGGUAGCUACCAUUUCGGCGACGGAUAUGGAUGACGGAGACAACAGCAUUAUCAAGUACGAAAUCGUGCAGCAGAAUCCAGACAGCAGUUAUUUCAAAAUAAACGAGAAUAACGGUGUGCUCACUCUAACAAAAUCGGUCGAUCGGAGUCCUGGUCAGUACUAUGCAAUCCGCGUGAGAGCUUAUAAUGUGGAUCCACAAGGAGAGGCUGUACAAGAUGCGGAAGUGGACGUUAAAGUCCGUGUUGUGGAGUCCAAUAAACUACCACCCUACUUCACCAAGGUACAAGCUACGCCGAUUGUGUUGAAUGAAACGUUUAAGAAUUACACCGAAUCGUUAGCAGAAUUCGAUGCAGAAUCAAACAUUCCGGAAAAACCGGAAGUCAUCUUCGAGCUGAUUCAAGGCCGUGCCGAGCAAACGAAUUCUAAAAACACAUUCCUACUGGAACAGGUCAAUAACACUGCCUCAAUCAAGCUAGGAAAGACGUUGGAUUAUGAAACUGUGACGGAGUACACUCUGACAGUGAGCGUGAAGAAUUCGCAUGAUCUGGUCGCAGAAGCUGUGCUUAAGAUCAAGGUGUUGGAUGAGAACGAUAUUAUCCCAGUAUUCACGGAGGUUACGUCGGGUACGAUCCCCGAAGACGAACCACCCGGUACUGCUGUGAUGCAGGUACGUGCAUAUGAUCUCGAUGGAACCUCUGCCAACAACAUCGUAUCGUACCGGUUCGACGACGAAAAUCAGCAUUUGUUCCACAUCGACAGCCGAACAGGGAACAUUACCUCACUGGUGGAGUUUGACCGAGAAGCAACCGAUUCUUAUCAUUUAAAGAUCAUCGCCGAAGACAACUCCCCAUCGGCUUUAUACAGAAAUGGCAAACCGAACAGUAUCUCACAGCUUUUUAUUAUUAAGAUUUCGGAUAAGAACGAUCAUCAACCGAAAUUCGUAAAAGAUCAUUUUGUGGCAGAAAAUGUACCGGAGGAUGCGAACAUUAACACGGUAGUGAUUGAAGUGACUGCUAUAGAUCAAGACACGGCCUCGCUAAUUACCUACAGCAUUAUCGAAGGUAAUGUGGGCGAUGCGUUCAAGAUAGAUGAAAAUACAGGUCGCAUCUCAGUGAACAGCCGCCUGGACUAUGAGACAAUCCGUAGCUACCAGCUGAUAGUGCAAGCGGACGAUGGUAUUUUCCAGGACAACGCAACUGUCUCUAUCAAAAUCGAAAAUGUCAACGAUAAUCCUCCACGCUUCAUUGAUCUUCGCAAUGUGACGAUCCAAGAAGAAACGAUUCCUCCUGGGUGCAUCAUGACCAUACAGGCAUUUGAUCCGGACAUCGAGAAUCGAGACGAACCGCAACACAUUCGAUUUUCGUUUGUAAAGGAACAGGAGGACUUGCUGGAGAUCGAUGACACCGGAUGUUUGCGGCUAAGAAAGGCGCUUGACCGUGAUCCUCCGCAAGGCUUUAAGAGCUGGCAAUUUAUUAUCACCGCAACGGAUGAAGAUGGCGCAGGAAAGAAAACGCCGGCUACUGUGAACAUUUUUCUGGAAGAUAUCAACGACAACGCACCAUAUCUAUCGAAUGCAAUGCCAGUUGUGUGGGGAGAGAAUCGCUCCCCUGGAAUGAUAGUGAGGUUGACGGCAGAAGACGUAGACGAGGCACAAAAUGGUCCACCGUUCCAUUACAGCAUUGAUCCAAACGCGCCAUACGAGAUCAAAGAACGUUUCCAAGUGCAAGGAGACGAACUGUAUGCGCUGAUGGAAUUUGAUCGAGAGGAGCAGAAAGAGUAUCGGGUACCGAUCAGAAUCAGCGACUCUGGCGAAGAACCGAUGAGCGACGUCAGUAUACUGCAGCUAGUGAUUGGCGAUGAAAAUGACAACGAGAUGAGGCCGGGUGAAAGUCGUAUCUUCGUUUACAACUACAAGGGCGAAUCUCCCAAUACGGAGGUUGGUCGAGUAUACGUGGACGACCCGGACGACUGGGAUCUACCGGACAAAACGUUCCAGUGGGACGAUGCUACUCGUCAUCAGUCGGUCGACUUCUUCGAUCUAAAUCGGGACACAGGCAUGAUCACAAUGCUACAAGGUACACGUGGUGGAGAGUAUGAGCUAAACUUCCAUGUGAUUGAACAGUCGAGCUACUUUCCGCGCCACAACGUCACGGCUAAAGUAAUAGUAACAGUGAAAGAGAUCCCCGAGGAAGCAGUGGAUAAGAGUGGAUCGAUCCGUUUCUAUAACGUAACGGCGGAGGAGUUCGUGUCGCGUACACCAGGCCAACUCACUACGCCGAAAGAUCGACUGCAAGCGAGCAUUGCGAACACUCUCAACGUGAGUCGCGAGAAUGUGGAUGUGUUCACUGUCCUAAAGCGCGACAAUGCCAACGGAACAUUCUUGGAUGUACGGUUUUCAGCCCAUGGUAGUCCUUAUUAUGCACCUGAGCGACUCAACGGAAUGCUCGGCUAUCGACUUCGACAGCUGGAAGAGGACGUAGGGCUGUCGGUGUUAAUGGUGGGAAUCGACGAGUGCAUCGAAGAGGGUCGCAACUGUGAACUAUCGUGCAAGAAUACACUCUACAAAUCGAACGUCCCGAUCGCAGUUUACACUAACACCAGUUCAUUUGUGGGUGUGAAUGCCUUCGUACAGGCGGAGUGCGUAUGCGAGGUUCCUCCCCCAUCACUGACAUGUCUAAACGGAGGCUUCCUGGUAAACGAUCGGUGUUCCUGUCUGGAAGGCUUCGAAGGUCCUCAUUGCGAGAUGCUUAGCAUCGGUUUCUAUGGUAGUGGGUAUGCUCUUUAUCCACCGAUCAGUCCCUGUAACAUGACGCGAAUCAGUCUAGAGCUGUCACCGCACCUGGAAGAUGGCUUGGUGAUGUACAUUGGACCGCUUAACUAUAAUCCUCGUCUGGCUGUGCAAGAUUUCCUGGCACUAGAACUCGUCAAAGGACUUCCAGUAUUACUGCUCGAUUAUGGCAGCGGUACUAUCCGGAUCGAACAUCGCCAUCGGUUCCCCCAGGGCAAACCAUUCACCGUAGAAAUCGUACUGCAGCCUCAAACGAUCGAGAUGAUCGUGGACAACUGCAAGUUGUCCACGUGCAUGAGUCUGGAUGCACCGAAAGGACCAAACCGUUUCUUGAACGUAAACGCUCCGCUUCAGCUAGGAGGUGCAGCCGUCAAUUUGGACUACCUCGGAUCAUUGUUCAACUGGACGUACGUACCACAGGACAAGGGUUUCAGCGGCUGUCUAAGAAACCUCACCAUCAACGAACGCACGUACGAUCUUGGACUGCCGAGUCUAUCGAAAAAUGCCGAUCCAGGCUGUCAACGUUCCGUUGCAGUGGCCGUAUCGUUCGGCAUCGAUUCUUACUUCCUGAUCGCGAUCAUUGCCUGCAUCGUGUUGCUGCUGAUAUUGCUGCUUGCGGUAGUCGUCCACAAGAAACACCAGGACGGUUGGCACGAGAAGGACAUGGACGACAUUCGGGAGACGAUAAUCAACUACGAGGAAGAGGGCGGUGGUGAACGAGACGCUGAAUAUGAUCUCACCGUGCUGCAGGCACCUCCGAUUUAUCUCGACAAACCGUACGGCAGUGAGUUGCGACAGAAGGAGGCAACGACCGAGGUGCCCGACAUUGGCGCCUUCCUCACCGACAAGAAGGACGCAUGCGACAAAGAUGCGGACGCGUACCCGAUCGACGACGUGCGCCAUUAUGCUUACGAGGGCGAUGGUAAUAGUACAGGCUCGCUGUCGAGUCUGGCCUCCUGUACCGACGAGGGUGACUUGAAAUUCAACUAUCUAUCUAACUUUGGACCGCGGUUCCGAAAGCUGGCCGACAUGUACGGUGAAGAGCCCUCCGACACCGAUUCGAACGUGGAUGACGACGAGGGCUGGAGGAUAUGAGACGAACGCACGGGGUGAACGUGUGUGAUAGAGAAAAUAAGGAUAUGCAAGUCUCGCCGUGAGAAAUCGAAUGAACGCGAUAGCAAAGGGAUGCAAGGCCGUAUGUAUGAGCUUGUGGUACUUUUCUUAAUCAAACUGGGCGAUAGACGAUCUUGUUUUCUCUAUUUUGUGAUGAUCUUCCGUUCAGUAGCUCUGAACCACCGUAUCUCAUAAUUUCCGUAACGAGGAGAACAAUCGACUAGGACAAAGGACCUUCUUUAGGACAAACAUGAGUAUUCUAAAGUGCAGCUAAUGCUAACGUCACCACACCGGGAGCCGAAUGUGGUUCUGUUUCUUGAAGAAAUGAUACACCUCUUUCUUUGGAAGGAUAUAUGCACAAUUUUAGACACAUCAUACAUGUUCCUACGAGUCUCAAACGUUUUACCAAUCGCACGAGUCAACAUUCCUUGCAAUCUGGUAUGUUUAGAAAUACUGGCAAAAUAUUUAUUUAGGCUUGAAACGAUUAAAAAGUUGUUCCAUCGAUUGAGUCAUUCUCGCAUUUGUGCGUAUACAGUUCCAUCAAACUGCCAUUUAUUACGAAGCCCUGUUGCCGUACUCCUCACGCGCUAGUGUAUAGGAUUUUUCCAUUAAUGCCCCAGACGAGUCAAAUGUCAAGCUUCAUGAGUCAGCUGUAAUUCUGUGCAUGUAUCAUGUAGAAGGCUUCCAAUGCUUCGCCCGAACUAUGCGUGGGUGAUUAAUAGUGUAAACCGCCAACUGGAACAUCCAAAAAGCACACGCUGUCCCUUUCUCUUCGGAGUAUUUCUUGGUUUAUUGGUUGUGGUCCUUCUAUUCCUUUUGGAAGGUUUCACUAACCUCAAGCCCGGUCUGCCGGUCGCUUCUAGAACGGGAGGGGCCCGCGUGAUGACUCAUGUGCGAAGUGCCCUCACCGGCUCGUAAAUGUGUGAUCCCCGACAUCAUCGUCCACAAAGAAGAGGUGUGCUUAUAUUGUGUUUUUUAAAAAAAUAUUUUUCUAGUAUUAGACGCGCUAGGCGGUUCCGAGCAAGCCGCGUAGAAUGAAAUUCAACAGCUAGAAUUAUGGUUCAGGACUCCAAAAAAAACCCCAACAAGUACAGAAAAUGUGACACGAUAGGAAAAAGGAUUCAUUGAACGUGGGUUUGUUUUCCAUUUUCUAUCGUUCAUUUUCGGUUUUCGUUAUCCAAAUCAAUUUUUGUUUAAGAUUAUUGCUAUUGCGUUAUUAAUUUUUAGGAUACAUAAGUCAAGGCGGGGAAUUUGGAGGUAACGUGAAGCGAAGAAAGUUUAGAUUAAAGCCGAUUGCAGCAAACAAACAAACAAAAAACGAGACUUUUGUAGAGAAAAAAAAAUCAAACCAUUUUUCCUAUGUGCUAUUGAACUGUGUAAUGUAAUUGAAUUGAUUAGAAACCGCUAUGCUGUGGUCACUGCACGAACGUUUACUCUAGAAAUAUAUAUAUAUAUAUAGGGAAUAAUCAAUAGACAACAACAGCAUUUAGGGUGAAGCCGAUGUAGUUCCAUUAAAGUGUAAUAGCCGCGCUAAGUUUAGAUAGAGCCGAAGACGAAUAUAGUGUUAUUUCAGUUGAACGCAUCACGCAACUGAAGACACACAAAUAUCGCGAGGAAAACUAAAACGUUCACACCUCGAUCGUCCUAUAGUGUACUUGGAGUAGUAGUAAAUAUGAUUGUUACGCAUAUUUACCGUCGAUCGAUCGUCAUUACCGAUCGUUCGAUUGCCGCGCCUUAGAAAUGUAAAAUAGGAAAAAAACGAAAACACGAUGCCUUAUUAUACAUCCACCCAGAUGCGGUGUGCCGUUUUGCUUUUGCAAAAUGUCCACCCGAAGCUGGUGGUUGGUUGCAGCUGCUGAAAGACCGAAGUCGUAUAUAUUUUUUUUGUGUAUUUAUUAGCUAGAUGAAAUCGUAUAACGGCGGCAGCGCUUAAGGAAGUGAUAGCAUAUUUGAGAGGUGCGAACCAAGCGGAACUCGUAGGUUGUAUAAACUAGGUAUGAAAGACAUGUGGUAGUUCUCCAACGAAAGGGAAGUUCCGAGGUAAGUGUGUGCUUUCCAUUGUCCACUUUUUACGUGUAUGUACAGUUGAAGAUUUUAAUCACUUUUUCCCUUCUCCAAUCUACGAGCAUCGUACUAUUUCAAAAAAAAGGGACAAACCAUAUACUUUUAAGUGCAUUCGAUAGUAGCAAACGAACAAAAAACAUACAAACAAACACAACACACCGUUUAGGGUCGAAUGUACAGCACACUGGUUUUAAAUGCGUAGAAAAGACACAUCGUGACGGAAGCAAAGGGUCAGAAUUGAGGAUUUUGUUUAACAUUAUUUCGCAAAUAAUUGUUUAAAACAUUUUCUCCUCAUCAAAAAUCACAGGACCCAACAAAUUGUAUAGACUGCCGCAAAAUUCUUUCCUAAACUGCCCUCCCGCUCCCCCAACAUUCCAAUGCAUUUUUCACUCUCAUUCAUAAGUAUCGAUUACCGUUCAGUAUAUCAAUCCCCCACCCGGUGCGCUCCGUUUUUGUGUGCUGCUCCGUUGUGAACUUUGGGCCAGACAUUUUGAAUCUCUUUUAUUUGUUUGUUUCGAAUCAACCAACCAACCCAUCUCUGCUGCCGGGAACAGUUAUAGUUUUAAAGAUAUAAUUUUUCGUUUUUUUUCUACAAUAAAGUUCACUAAAUCAUCUCGAACGUAGGGGGUUGUGUUGUAUGUUGUACGUCUUUGCUUCUUGCCCGUUGUUAGGUAGUAUGUAACGUGCAUAUGAGGGUAAUAGCAAGUGUUGCAAGUGAUGAAUGCAACCACCGGGCAGUCUACUAAUAUCGCUUCCACCAGGUUAGGAAACCGUGUACGAAUGUAUCUCUGAACUUUAACUGAACUACGUUGGAACGGAAAUAUUGCAUAAAAUGAAAUAUUGUAUUUUAAUAAUA